UGUUUAUGAUUUUCUUGUGAUGCAGAAUAUAGAAUCUGUGUUUUGUGCUUUAGGAAUUUCGUAAUCCUACAGAACACAUACUUUUAAUGUUCUUUCAUUUGCAAUACGUUGUUUCUUGAACUAAAUCUUAUGUAGACCAAGUGAUUCACUAUUUUGUACUCUCAUAUUGUUAAAUAUUGGGAGUGUUUAACUACUAAUAACAUGUUUCCGUGAAGUUAUUUUUAUAUUAGUUGAGAGGAGGUGAUUUUGAGUUGGUUUUCCAUAGUAUGAACCUAAUAAUAGUUAAAAAACUGUGUUGCUGCUUGUGGUUUUAAAGAGCAUUGAAUAAAGAUGAUGUUUGAUCCCCGAUUGAUCAAACUGGAAAAAUGUGAAAAAGAGGACAAAGCUACAACGCAUCAUGAGCAACAAAUUGAUAAUGUAAAUGGGGAUACUGACAAAAGAAAUGCUGAGGAGUUUGCACCAUAUGAGAAAAAAUAUUUUGCUUUAUUACAGCGAUGUGAAAUUAUAAAACAGAGUAAUGAAAGACUUGUGAAUAGAAUUUACUAUGUGAAAAAAUUAUUGAGGAGAAGGAAAAAAGAAAGGAAGUUUCUCAUGCAAAGGUUAGAUGGCUAUGGGGAUGAUUAUCGAGCUAUUGCAGCUACCCUUUUUUCAGAGGUGAUUGGUGAUACAAGUCCUGUUAGAAAUUUGAACUCUGAUUCCUUACAGAUAUCUUCACAAAUUGAUGGUGAUUCCUGAUACUACAUUUUUAUAGUAGUCAUACAAUUAUCACAAUGUAAAUAAGUGUUUUGUAGCAUAAUAAAUAUGUUAUGUACUUGUA